UAAAUCAUUUUAAAUUAAAGAAAAAUAAAAUGACUAAAGAGUAAUGAAUGAAUAAAUAAAUUGAUGUCAGAAUAGAGGGGCAUAAGUAAGGCUGGAAAGAUGAAGCAAAUACGCAACAGAACAGCAAAAGCACGGAACUGAACACUAAAGGAAAAAUACAAUUAUAUAAAACCAUCUAUAUACCCACACUUAAUUAUGAAACAAAUCGAAAAUAGCAGCAGAGAUGAAGUACCUACGCAAGAUAUUGUGGAAAACCAGAAGAGGAACAAGAACUAAUCUUAAACCCUCUGGUACAGGAGAUAGAGGGAAAACAACUAAGUUGGUAUGGUCAUCUGGUUCGAAUAAAAGAAGAAAAAGAAGAUGAAUUAAAUUUGUUUUCUACUUUAUCGACAUUUUUAGUUGUUGUCAAUGUCAUUUAAAAUUUUAAGCAGUGAAUUAACGAGUGGAUUUUUCAAUAAUCACAAAGUUUAUAUUAUGGGUAAAACAAAUUAAUUAGUUUUGUACAGCACAAAAGCACUUUGCACUUUUAGAAAUUACUGGCUUAAAUAAUGAAAAGAUUGAAAAAGAUAAAUCAAGAAAAUGGUUGAAAAUUGUAGAUAUUUAGGUCAAUACAAGAAAGAGGAGUCGAUUAUAAUCCUAAUGGAACACGCAAACGCAAGAAGUAUCGACAAUUUAUUAGAGUACAGAAAAAGUAUUUGCGAACCAGUUUCUGAGAAACACAUAAUAAUCAUAUUUUCGCAAAUUUCGAACGCCAUAACCUAUAUGCACACUAAAGGUGUUUUACAUCGAUAUUUAGCUCCACAUAAAGUUUUUUUAAACAGUAAUGGAACAAUAAAAGUUGGAAUCGUUUCGAAAAUGAUGUUCUCUUCACAACCAAUUCCACAUUAUUUAAAUCCGGAAGUGUGCCUCGGUAAAGAAUACAACGAAAAAUCUGACGUUUGGGCAAUCGGAUGUAUUUUAUACGAAUUAGCUACGUUUCAAAAACCCUUUGAAUGCGAGAAUUUUAUGGAAUUAAUCGAAUUGGUUUUAAAAUGUAAACCAAAACCACUUCCUGAACUUUAUUCAAAAACUUUUUCGAACACAAUUAAUGAAUUAUUAAAAGAAAAUUACGAACAACGUCCAUCGGCGAAGUACAUCUAUGAAACCAUCGUUCCUAACUUAUUAAAAAAUUUAAAAAAUACGCCGAAAAAAUUAUUUUUCGCCCCCCAUUUCAAAAACGGACCGAAAGAAUAUUCAAUGCUUUUCGCUUUAAAUUUAAAUAAAUUUUUCGAUAUCACACCGAUUGAAUUACCCAGAAAAAAAAUCGUUUCUUUAAGCGUUAGUAAAACUCAUUUUAUCGCCGUCGCUUCAGAUCACUCGGUUUACACGUGGGGUGAAGACCAAUUCGGUCAAUUGGGACAUGGAGAGACGCCUAGUUAUCGAAAGUAUCCAAUUUGUAUCGAUUAUUUCCGGGAAAAAAGUAUAUUAAGUUGUACCGCUGGGGAAGCUUUUAGUAUAUUCUUGGAUUGUAAUGGAUUACUUUAUAGUUGUGGUGAUGGUAAAUAUGGUUGUUUAGGACACGGAAAUUGGAAUAGUAUUACUAAACCAAAGUUAAUUGAAUCAUUGGUAUCAAGAAAUGUUAAAAUUGUUAAAUGUGGAACUAAACACGUCGUUGCCUUAGAUACAAAAGGAGCUUUAUACGCUUGGGGAUCAUCUAAAGAUGGUCAAUUAGGGCUUGAUAACGUUAAAUAUUGUUGUAUUCCAACUCAAGUACUUUUAACAAACGUCCAAAUCAGGAAUGUUUUCGCAGGAGAAGAUGCGACGAUUUUAAUUGCAGCGAAUGGGAACAUUUUGGCCACCGGAAACAAUGCUUAUAAUAAAUUGGGUAUCACAAAAAUAAAUCCGGUUCGCAAAUUUACAAUGGUCGCCGAAAUUAGUAUUAAAAUCAAAGAUAUUUGUAUUGAUAAAAACCACACGGUUAUGUUAACUGCUAACGGGGAUAUCAUCGUAAUCGGUUUGUAUUUUGAUCGACAGGUUGAGCUUAAAAAAUCGGAAAUUUGCCCGAGAUUGGUUAAUUUACCGGAUGUGAGAUUCAUCGCGUGUGGAUUAUCGUUUCUUUUGGCGAUCGAUGGAAAACACGAGAUGCAUUUUUGGGGCUCUUAUUACCGGCAUUUAACGGGAGCAACGCAAAAUGUUACACAUACUAACGUUAUUUUAAAGCAAGUUGAGAAUGAAAGAAAAGAAGGUGUAAAAAAUUAUUAUAUUAAAAUUAUUUCCCAACCAACUAAAAUUUGCAGCUUGUUUUUAAAUGAAUCUCUUCAACAAAAUAAGAACAUAUCAAUUGGAGGUCUUUACGCCCAAGAUAAUAAUGUGUUAUUGUUAGUUCAUCAUUCGUAAUAAUAAAAAAAAAAAUGAUAAUAAAUUAAA